AUGCCCAAACCACCAGCCGCGCCGCUCCCCAGGCCCGCGGUCCCUCGCAACACGGCCUCGGACCCCUGGAACUCGUCGUCAACAGGCCACCAGCGCGCCGACCAUCACCAGCGCGGUACUGGGUGGCGCGACUCGCGCAACCGCAAGCUCAACUCGCAAUUCCGGUCCGCGCCUCAAGGCCACGAUGUCGAGGCCAACGAGCCCAGGGCGGGCGCAACCGUCGUCGACAUGCUCAGGACGCCCAGACUGAUGGCGACGACUGCCACCACCACCACCACCACCACCAUCACGGCAAAGCGCGACGUCCCCGCGGGCGAGGACCCCCCCCGCGGCCCUGGCAUAUUCGCCGGGUGCGUCGUCUACGUCAACGGUAGCACGUACCCCCUCGUGUCGGACCACAAGCUGAAGCGUGUGCUCGUCGAGAACGGAGCCCAGACGAGUCUGCACCUGGGGAGGAAAAAGGUCACGCACGUCAUACUGGGCAGGCCCGCCGGCGGGCUGGUCAAGGGCGCCGGCGGCGGCUUGGCCGGCGGCAAGAUGGAGAGGGAGAUACGGCGGAUUGGCGGCGCGGGGGUGCGCUUCGUAGGCGCCGAGUGGGUCCUGGAGAGCCUCAAGACAGGCAGGCGGUUGCCCGAGGCGCGCUUCUCCAACGUCAAGGUUGCGGCCGCGGCGCAGGGGAGCGUGUACGGAUUGUGCUCGGGCAACGGUGCCGCGGGGGGCAGUUUGUCGUGA